GAUUAACAGUCGAAAGACCUGUUACAACAAUCUCUCUCUCUCGAUUAGAUUAGAACAUCAACAUCGACCAUGUCCACCAAAGUCAUCCGAGAAACCAAAGUCCUCUUAACCCCUCUCAACUACGCCCUCUGGUUAUUACCAAUGGAGGCAAGACUCUUCAGAUUAAAGCUGCUCGACAUCCUCGAAGGACAGGUUGAACCCGAUGAAAAAGAACAAGAAAAAUGGACUAAACUGAACAACGACGCUUAUGCUGAAAUCAUAGCGUACAUCGGUCAGGAAGUACUCGGAUUUGUUAGUUCUGCUCUACCUGCAACACCUCGCUUCAAUGGCCGUGGUCUCUGGAAGCUGUUGAAAUCGCAAUAUGCCGGCGAUGAUCUGACCUCGCAAACUACAGCACUCGAUCAAUUUUUACAUCUUGGUUUCUCCUCCAUCGCCACUUUCAUCCCUGCCGUUCGAUCAGGGAAUCAAAAGAUAUCUAUGUCUGGUCUUGUCCUCGAUGACCGUGUCCGAACCAUCCUAAUGCUCAAGAAGCUACCGUCCGACAACCGCUCGUUCCGCGAUAUCGUCUCGAUGAACUACGGUACUGAGUCCUUCGAAUCUGUCAUCAAAAAGCUUGAAAGUUACGUAGCUCAAAAUGACCUCGACAAGAAACCAUCGUCGACUUCCUUGACUCCGCCACAAUCGCUUCUCACUCGAUUGAACGAUCAAGCCUCGGCAAGCUCAACGGUCUGCGAUCACUGCAAGAAACCCGGCCACCGCAUCAAUAACUGCUGGGCUAAGUAUCCAGAGAAAGCCCCCAAGUCUCACUCAGCACACCUAACCGUUCAAGACAACUUCAAUCAACUCAACGAUCCGACAGACUUCUCCCUCUUCAGAACAGCCGACGGCAAGCUCCAUCAUGUCGACGAAAUGAGGUUUGAAGGUGUUCAAUACUUCAAUACAUAGUCUACACUGCCUCCUCACUCUUUUUAUCUCUCAUCUCCUUCAAACAAUUAUUUUUUCACUUUAAGGUUUUUGAGGUCUGAGUAGCGGGGGGUGUUGGAAUUUCAUCUCUUUUUCUUCUCAUCCCUCAAAAACUCAUCUAACCCACUGUUAAAUUCAAUAUGAUUUGAUAAAUAAUUUACAUGAUUUUCACUUUGUUUCUUGAUAGUUUCUGCGUGAUAUCUUGUUAUGUUGUCUAGUGCUGAAAUCCUUGUAGUCUUCGAACCCUGGUCUAGUCUUUAUCAACUACAUUUAUUCCAGUCAUCUUUUCAAGCAUAUGUUAAUCUGUUUUAUUCAUUUUGAUAUUCAUUUCUCUCAACCACAGACUGAACUUGUUGUAUGUAGUCUAUUUAACGCGUAGGCUCUACUAGCAAAUGAAAAUCAUUGGCUCUCAC